AUGAUUGAAUCCAUUUUCAACCGACACAAAGCAAGUUUACCGUCAGUUGAUAUCAUGGCUUCAAAAGUUAACGUCACAUUUAACAUUCUACUAAUCUCCGUUGCGAUUAUACUCGGAAAUAUUGUACGAUUGCAAGGGAUUCCGCUAAAUAAUCAGCAGAAAAAGUAUCUCGGCUACACUAAGGAGUCUUUACUCAAUUUUACGGAACUCAGUGAACAUUAUGGAUACAUGUCGGAAGAGCAUACAGUGUUGACUGAUGACGGAUAUUUUUUGACAAUUUUUAGAAUUAAUUCAAAAAAGUGUUUAGGUAAAAUGAAAAAACCACCGGUAAUUUUAAUGCAUGGACUUCUCCUAAGUUCUGACGCGUUUCUAGAUGCUGGACCUGGUGCUGGAUUAGGAUUUCUACUGUCGGAUUCCUGUUAUGAUCUAUGGAUCGGUAAUCAACGGGGAAAUUAUUAUGCUAGACGACAUAUUAGAUUAAAUCCAGACAAAGAUCCAGACUUCUGGCAAUUUUCCGUUGAUGAAAUUGGUUUAUACGAUAUACCAGCUAUAAUAGACUAUGUUCUGAAAUAUACUAAAGAGAAGAAACUGAACUAUAUUGGAUAUUCUCAAGGUGCUGGAACAUUUCUAAUAAUGUGUUCUGAAAGACCUGGAUAUUGUGACAAAGUAAAUAUUUUAAUAGGUCUAGCUCCAGCUGCAAGGCAAACGCAUUCUCGGUCCGUACCAUAUAGACUUGUAGCACAAUACAUAAUGCAAAUGGAACGUGUAUUUUAUGAUACCGGUUUUCAUGAAUUUUUAGCAAAGGGUUCUUUAAGUCAGGAGUUUUUGGAAUUCUUUUGUCAAUUUACUUCUAUAUCGGAAACCGUUUGUGGAACGGGUGAAGCUCUCUUUGAUUCAUUUCAUCCUGGGUCCAUAACAAAUAAAACUUUGCGUGCAAUGUUCGGACAUUUUCCUGCUGGGACGUCCAUUCAUAACAUGGCUAGAUAUGGUCAAAGCAUGAAGUCGCCGUUGUUUCAGAAGUUUGACUACGGAAAGAUAAAAAAUUUGGAGCUAUAUGGCAAUGAACAGCCACCAAGUUAUAAUCUUAGUGCAGUGACAAUACCAUUUAUGGUGCUGUAUGGUAAAAAUGACCAUUUAGUGGACACUAAAGACAUUUACUGGUUGAUAAAAAAAGUGCCGAACGUGUUAGAGGCAAAAGAAGUGUCGAACCCCUUAUGGAACCACUUCGAUGUCGCGUACAGCCAAUAUAAUAGGAAACUGUUGCUUCCUAAAAUUAAUGAAUAUUUAUUAAAAUAUAGUAGAGUAGUUAAAAACUUAGCUACGUUUUUG